AUGAUCCGUUUGAGGAAGGGACCUUCCGGCACGCAAGCGGCUUCGGUUAGGCUUCCAGUCGAAGCAGCAAACAAGGCACUUAAAAUUGGGAAGAUCAAAGUUGGCUGGUCGGUAUGUCCAUUGAGCGUCUCCCAGCGACCGGAAGUGUGCUUCAAGUGUCAAGAGUUCAGCCACCUGGCGAGAAAUUGCAGUGGACCUGACAGGAACAAAUUAUGCAGAAGGUGCGGGGAAGAAGGCCACAUGGCGAAAGACUGCCGGCAGGCUCCGAGAUGUCUGAUCUGUGCAACCGAAGAAGGUAACAACCACGUUACAGGAGGCCCACGAUGCCCGGCCUUCAAACAGGCGACUGCAACAAAAUCACAGUGGAGCUAA